CAUCGGUGGCGUUGAGGUAGACGGAGAGGGAGAGGAGGGAGCGCGCGCUAGCUGGCUAACCAAUUUUCAAAUGAAUCAUCUUGGCUUUUCUCAGUCUGUUAGCUGACACUGUUUUUGGUCGCCUUCUGUAAGUUCGCCUGGCGGAGACGGCCGUGUUUGAGCUGUAGCAGCUGUCUUUUGGAGAAGCUGUUGUGCAGUGGCUCUGGAUCAUGGCGCAGACCAACAGCUUCGGCCAGACCAGCAACGGAGAGACGGACGACUCUCCCAACAUGCUGGUCUACAGAAAGAUGGAGGACCUGAUAGCCCGGAUGCAGGACGAGAAAAAUGGUAUCCCUAUUCGGACGGUGAAGAGUUUCCUCUCAAAGAUUCCCAGUGUUUUCUCUGGUUCGGACAUCGUGCAGUGGUUGGUGAAGAACCUGAACAUAGAGGAUCAAGUGGAGGCUCUGCACAUGGGCACGUUGAUGGCAGCACACGGCUAUUUCUUCCCCAUCUCCGACCAUGUGCUCACACUUAAAGACGACGGCACUUUUUACAGAUUCCAGACACCGUACUUCUGGCCCUCUAACUGCUGGGAGCCAGAGAACACUGAUUACGCUGUGUACCUGUGCAAAAGAACAAUGCAAAACAAAGCACGUCUGGAGCUGGCGGACUACGAGGCAGAGAGCUUAGCACGGCUCCAGCGUGCCUUUGCCAGGAAAUGGGAGUUCAUAUUUAUGCAAGCUGAAGCACAAGCUAAAGUCGAUAAGAAGAGGGAUAAAAUCGAGAGGAAAAUUCUGGACAGUCAGGAGAGAGCGUUCUGGGAUGUGCACAGACCAGUGCCAGGGUGUGUGAACACGACAGAAGUGGACAUCAAGAAGUCCUCCAGAAUGAAGAACCCUCACAAAACAAGAAAGUCUGUAUACGGGCUUCAGAACGACAUCCGCAGUCACAGCCCCACCCACACACCAGCCCCUGAGGCCAAGCAGCCGACCGCCGAGGAGCUCCAAGAACAGAUCAAAUUCUGGCAGGCACAGUUAGAUAGGCAUCGAUUGAAGAUGUCCAAAGUUGCAGAGGGCUUACUAGGCUACACAGAGCAAUAUGCAGACUAUGAUCCAUUUCUCUCCACUCCCGACCCCUCAAACCCCUGGAUAUCAGAUGACACAACCUUCUGGGAGCUGGAGGCGAGUAAGGAGCCGACGCAGAGCAGGGUGAAGCGCUGGGGUUUCGGGAUGGACGAGGUUCUGAAAGAUCCAGCCGGGAGAGAGCAAUUCCUCAAAUUCCUGGAGUCAGAGUUCAGCUCAGAAAACCUCAGGUUCUGGUUGGCCGUGCAGGAGCUGAAGCGGAGGCCGAUUCGAGAGGUGCCAACGCGAGUGCAGGAGAUCUGGCAGGAGUUCCUGGCUCCUGGAGCGCCGAGUGCCAUCAAUGUCGACUCAAAGAGCUACGACAAAACCACACAGAACGUUAAGGACCCUGGGCGCUACGCUUUCGAGGAUGCACAGGAACAUAUCUAUAAGCUCAUGAAAAGUGACUCAUACAGUCGUUUCAUCAGAUCCAGUGCCUACCAGGAGCUCCUGCAGGCCAAGAAGAAGUCUGGGAGUUUUCAGGACCGCAGAACCUCAUUUGAAAAAUUCACUCGUAAUGUGAAAAGUAAGAACUUGUUUUGAAAGGAAAACAAUGCUUCCAGGGGAAAUCUCUGGCGUCUAAGAGACUGCCUGCUGUUGUGCAAUCCUUCUGAGCCUCGGAGAAUUCACCGGGGACGAGGACGCUGUCACUUUCAUCUCUGCUGUCCGAUAGGUCCGGCCCCCGACAGCGGACCAAUCACAUGCAUGUCCAAGGGACUGAGUUUUUACAUCACUUUUUACUCGCUUUAUUUUCUGCCUGAGAAAAAAAGGGGGGAAAGGCUCUUUUAAGGGCAUUUCAGGCUUCCAAAGGACAUUUUUCCACAGAAAAGAGGCAUACUUUCUGAACAAGAGAAACAACAAUGUUUUACGUCUUCUCCAUCUUUCAUCUGUCCAGCCGGACCAAAGUGUCUACAUGUAAACUAUAUAAAUGAUGUCAGAAGCGAAAAAAAAGAAACAACUAUAAAAACAAAAACGGCAACAGAUUUAACAGUGUAAAGCUAAACCUUUAAAAAAUAAACACAAGAACACUUUGUAAACUCACGGCUGCUUCUAGUCCAAGGCUUUCAAGAUCCACACUCUCUCUGCAACUGCAAUCGCCCUCCAUCUCAUUGCCAUUAAUUUUAUUGCACUAUUUAAAAAAGAAAAAAAGUAGAAAAAUUUGCUUGUCACAACUGUAUGGCCACCCAGGAGACAGCUGUAGGCCACGUCCAAUGUCUAGUCUGCACUUUUUUUUUUAUUAUUUAUUUUCUUUCUUUUUUUGUUGUCGUUGUUGUUCACUUCUCUCCUGUGUUUAUUUUUAUACCAUAUUUAAAGACAUUUUGUCUUGAGAGAUGUAUUAAAGCCAGUCCUUUAUCUGAAAGCACUGCAAUAAUUCACUUUUUAUUGCUGAAGCAAGUAAAUCAUGUUUUGACCGGG